AUGUCAUCGCGACGAAUACUCAGCAACACCUGCAGGAAGGUCAGGAUACCUCCGGGCCCUCGUCAACAAUCCAUGAGGCCAGCAUCAUCAUUGGCUUCGGACCACGCUAAUCUUCUCGGUUCGAAUCUCUCAACAAAUGACCCUGAGAUGUAUAAUAUCCUGAAACGUGAGGAAAACCGCCAGCGCCACUUCAUUAACCUCAUUCCAUCGGAGAAUUUCACCUCCAGGGCGGUGCUCGAGGCUCUCGGCAGUGUCAUGCAGAAUAAAUACUCCGAGGGCUACCCAGGUGCAAGAUACUACGGAGGCAACGAACAUAUUGAUGAAGCCGAAAGGCUCUGCCAACACCGUGCCCUUCAGGCUUUUGGUCUCAGUGCUGAAACCUGGGGCGUAAAUGUUCAAACCCUUUCCGGCUCACCGGCCAACCUCUAUACAUAUUCCGCCCUUCUCCAAUGCCAUGAUCGCAUCAUGGGUCUUGACCUUCCUCAUGGCGGCCAUCUAUCGCACGGCUAUCAGAUCCCCUCGAAAAAGAUAUCCGCAGUCUCCAAGUACUUUGAAACUUUCCCUUAUCGCUUGGAUGAGACAACCGGAUUGAUUGACUACGAGAAGCUCCGAGAAAAUGCCCUCCUCUACCGACCGAAGAUUAUCGUCGCAGGUACCUCUGCUUAUUCGCGGCUGAUAGACUAUCAGCGUAUGCGUGCCAUUGCUGAUGAGGUUGGCGCGUACCUUAUGGCGGACAUGGCCCAUAUAUCUGGGCUCGUGGCUGCCGGUGUUGUCCCUUCGCCCUUCGAAUAUGCCGACCUGGUCACUACAACGUCGCACAAGUCACUACGCGGUCCACGUGGGGCCAUGAUCUUCUUCCGCAAAGGGGUCCGGAGCAUCAACAAAAAUGGUGUCGAAAUCAUGUAUGACCUAGAGGGCCCGAUUAACGCCUCCGUUUUCCCCGGACACCAGGGUGGUCCUCACAAUCACACGAUCAUGGCACUGGGUGUAGCGCUCCGCCAAGCUGCGACGCCAGAAUUCAAGGAGUAUCAAGAAGCAGUUCUCGCCAACGCGAAGGCACUGGCUAGGCGACUGUCGGAUGGCUUGGGUUACAAAUUAGUGUCAGGAGGUACUGACACCCAUCUUGUGCUUGUUGACUUGAAGCCAAAGCAAGUGGACGGUGCCCGCGUAGAGCGCGUACUGGAGCUCUGCGGAGUUGCCAGCAACAAGAACACAGUACCAGGGGACAAGUCGGCGUUGAGGCCGGGCGGACUCCGAGUUGGAACUCCAGCCAUGACUACGAGAGGAUUCACGGCCGAUGACUUCACGCGAGUGGCUGACAUCGUAGAUCGCGGUGUGGCCAUCACGAUUGCCGUCGAUAAGCAGGCAAGAGAGGAAUCCGCAGCUAAGGGCGUCAAGAAUCCGUCCAGCGUCAAGGCAUUCCAAGAAUACCUGGGCAAUGGGUCAACUGUUCCUGAGAUCACCAGUCUGAGGAAGGAGGUCGAGGAAUGGGUCAGUGGUUUCUCUGAACCGUGGAUCUAA